AAUCGGAUGACGUCACGCGUAGUAAUACACGUCGAGAGCGCAUGGCGAGUGGAGCGUCUGCAGAGGCUGCGCGAAGUGGGAACUGCUUUCGAUUGUUGGCGGGCGCCGCCAUCUUGGUCAGUGAGCUUGCGAGUGGCUGUACGACGAGGUGUACGUAUUUCGGUGAAACGAGUAUUUGGUGCGAUUUCCCUGAAACCUUUCGUCUACCCGUGAAAUCCACAAGCAUCCAAGAUGUCGGAACGGGAGGACAACGUUUAUAAAGCGAAAUUGGCUGAGCAAGCGGAACGCUACGACGAAAUGGUCGAGGCGAUGAAGAAGGUUGCCUCGCUGGACGUGGAGCUGACCGUCGAGGAGAGGAAUCUCCUUUCUGUCGCCUACAAAAAUGUGAUCGGUGCGAGAAGGGCGUCUUGGAGAAUAAUAUCUAGCAUUGAACAAAAGGAGGAGAACAAAGGCGCCGAGAGAAAGCUGGAGAUGAUCCGCCAGUACCGAUCUCAGGUCGAAAAAGAACUGAAAGACAUCUGCGCUGAUAUCCUCGGAGUUUUGGACAAACAUCUGCUCCCAUGUGCGUCUACUGGAGAGUCGAAAGUCUUCUAUUACAAAAUGAAGGGCGAUUAUCACCGUUACCUUGCUGAGUUCGCCGUCGGCAACGACAGGAAGGAAGCGGCAGAGAACUCUCUGGUCGCUUACAAAGCGGCGAGCGACACCGCCAUGACCGACCUUCCACCGACUCAUCCCAUCCGCUUAGGAUUGGCGCUCAACUUCUCCGUGUUCUAUUAUGAGAUCCUCAAUAGUCCCGACAGAGCAUGUCGUCUCGCGAAAGCUGCCUUUGACGACGCGAUCGCGGAACUAGACACGUUGUCCGAGGAGAGUUACAAAGAUUCUACCCUCAUCAUGCAGCUUCUCAGGGACAAUCUUACUCUCUGGACGUCGGAUAUGCAAGGAGACGGGGAGGGCGAACAGAAGGAGCAGUUGCAAGAUGUGGAAGAUCAGGACGUAUCGUAACUCUAACUGUAGUGAGUGUUAUCUUGCGCAUAUAAAACUGAAAAAACACAAGAAAGCAAAAAACUCUUAAUAACUUGUAAGCAAAAGAAAACAAUUCAGCAGGUGGCAGUUCGGGGUGGGAAGGGGAGAUGUUUAGCCAUUGCGUGACCCUAAGCACGCACGUACGGUUACUCCAAAAAAAAAUACAAACAAAAAAGAAAAAAAAUCAUUCGAAAUAACAUACACACAUUGAAUUAAGGAGCGCGCAGAAAAGUAACAACGUAAAAAAGGACGUACACUCUGCGGUAAAUAGGGAGACUGCAAGAGCAUUUAGAGUGGCACUAUUCUUUGCCUUCUUUACGUAUUGAGAAGAAAACAAAAAUGCUGUCUUUUUCAGUGGACGAUGUCGAGAAUGUUGAGUUGGCGCCGACUGACGUUAUGCGCAUAUAUUCAUCCAUAUUAAUUAAACAAAACAACAAAGAAGAAAAACACGAAAUGAAAGAAACAAAAAGAGAGAAGAAUAUGCGCUAACCCAGUCGGAAUAAACUCUCAUUUUUUGUUAGUUUCAGUGAGUGAGAACGAAUAGCAUUAUCCCCCACCCAUAACGUUUCACCAAUAACGAAACAUGUUAAUGGCUCGACGUCGAUCUAAGUGCAUAUUGUGUUCGUUUGUUUUCACCCAUCCCCAAUCUCCUCCUCGUCCUCUUCCCCGCUUUUUUACUGCGCGCAUCAUUAUUCUCGCAUACUAUAAUAAAUAACGUUAUUAUUAAUGUAUGCGUGUAAAUCGAGUGUAAAUCAUCUGUUUAUCUAAGGGAUAAACGCGUCUCCUCCAGAGUUGGAGAUACGUGGUUGAUCGAUGUGUUGGCUAAGAAAACAGUCAAAAUAGAACCACGCGCCUUCAUCUCUGCUUUCUGUAUAAGAUAUUAUGAAUGUACUUCCGACGAAGUGUCCCGGUUUGCAAACCAAGUAAUUUCAUACACCAUAUAGAUUUCGAGCAUGGGUUCUCUCGUGUAGUCACUUUUAAAUAUGAUUUAAGAACAUGCGCUUACCGCGAAAGCGACGUACUUAACAAAAUGCAAUAACAUCAGUCUGUCUUAAGUCUGGCUUUCGCAGAAUCAAAUUUCAUGUUAAAAUCGAGAACAACAAAUUCUUUUAAUUGUGAGUGAGAAACAAAAUGUACACUAUUCUCGACGUGCUCUUUCAUACUCCGAUCAGUCGUACUCCAUCACGACGAAAGAGCACUCUGGUCGUCGAGAGGAGGGUUGAAAACAAAGAAAUCACGGUAAAUGAAUUUUUAACACGAAGAAGAGAAAGAAUGGGCAAAUUACGUUUCACAGACAGGAAAUAGCAGGAAACAAGUAGCUAUCUAGCUAGUCUGUAAUUGUGGUUGUACUUUUUCAUACGCCCCCUCUGUAAACUAUAACGAUCACUGUGGUAUAACGAAUUACAGAAUAAACGAUUGUAUCCCGACUCGUUCUUCACCCGCGCUCACUUUUGCUAUUAUCACUGUCCUCGAUUCCACUGUAUCUUAGUUGAUCUUAGCCGUGCGUCCAUUCACCUUUUUAUCGAUGAACCAUUCCGUCGAUUUUCGCUUACGAGAAAAAGAAAUAUAUAUAUUAAAAAAACAGCCGGGAAACAUUCCAAUGAUAAAACGUUAGACGGACUUCAUUAGUCUUUACGCGAAGAAUUUGUUUGCGCAUCUUAAUCGAGGUAAGCUUAGCGAUACAACAGUAGAAUUAUUUGUUUGUCAAGGUAAAUAGUGUCGGUCGAAAAUUUGUUAUGUCAGCGUUGUAAAACGAUCCUUUAAGUGCAAUGUUUCUGUGUUCAAGAAUAGUAACGUCUUGCUUGAUGAUUCAAACAUGCAAAGAAGUUACAUGUGCAAGGUUGCGUGCUUGCAUAUCUCAGUCGUAACAAAUAUGUUUCUGACCGUCACUGUGUUACAUGUAGAAAAAAACCUUCAAUCCGUGCAGUUUUCUCUCGCGAUCGAGAAAAUGUCGAUGACGUUCGUGUAAGCGUGCAGCAAAAAAGCGAGGUGUAUACCUGAAGAGAGAAACAGAAGCCGAAGGGAACGCGCUAAAUGAAAAAUGAAAAAUCGAGAACUCUGCCUAGAAAUUUUUUGGUGUACAUCGUGCCCCUGUAUUUAGGUAUUAAUAACACGAUACAAAUUGAUAAUCAUGUUAUAAAGUAACGUUACAAAGAAUAACUCAAAGUAAUAUCAACGGCACCGUAAGUAAGUAUAUGCGAGUAAUCUUAAGAUCAUAAAAUUAAGGUAUUGAAAGAAAAAAAAAAAAAGAACAAGAAUUUAAUCGACGCGAAUCGUUCAAGCGAUAAUGUGGAGAGAAACGAACAGUUUAGAGCGUAUCGUGGAAUAAAAAGCAAAAAAGAAAUCACCAUCCCGAAAGUAAUUUUGAUAAUCGUGUGAGAAACACGCCAUGAAAGGUAAUGGAACCGUAAGAAGGGAAGAAUAAAGAACAGUGGAGGAGCAAAGAAAAUAUCGGAAUCAUUGGAUAAGAAUUGCAUAUAAUAUAUAUUAUAUAUAUAUAGUUUACGUAAAAUAUACGUAAUACGUGCAUAACAUACCACGCGUACGAGCGAUAAAUCUUUGAAAAAGAAAAAAAAAAAAAAGAAAAAGCAAAAUUUUAAGGUACAG